UUGGAUGCCUACCCUCUUGUUAUUUAUGUUUAAUAACCCUACAGUAAUCUUGGUGUAGAUUGUGUUCAACAUUAAAUGUUAAAACAUUACAUUAUUAUUUUUUAAAAUCAUAACUCAUCAAAAAGUAACUCUUUAUAGAAAAAAAUGGAUUAUCUAGAGCCGGACAUGAAUGGGGCCGUACACCAUUCCACAAAGGUUAAUUACAACUGGGUAGAUAUCACUGAAGAUUUUUUAACAUCUGUGAAAGAUUUGCAGCUUGGAGAAUUGCUCCAUGAUAAUCUUUUUGGGCUCUUUGAGGCAAUGUCAGCUAUUGAAAUGAUGGACCCAAAAAUGGACGCAGGGAUGUUAUGCAAUAGAGGCACUAAAAAAGCAAAAUCUUUUGAUCAAGCUGUUAAGGAUAACAGUUUAAAAUUGGAAGGAUUGAGUUAUGAGGAACAAAUUGGUAUAAUUGACCAAACAUUAGCUUGCAUUGUGUCUUGGUUAGAGGGUCAUUCUUUGGCACAAACUGUUUUUACUAAUUUAUAUCUCCAUAAUUCUUAUCAAAUUGCUGAUCGACCCUUAAAAGCUUUUUGUUUAACAGUUUACAAACUUUUAGAGAUUAUAAAGGAUUAUAUUCAUAAGGCUAUGGUUUAUGAAGAAGAAGAUUUUCAGCCCAUGCAGUAUGGGUAUCAAUUAAAUCCUGAUAUUUCUGAACAACGCAUCAUCACAAUGUUACGAGAAGUUGAAGAGGAACUCCAUCGCAAGAUGCAGAAUAGAGAUCGUGAAAAUGAUAUUGAAGGCUUGGUGGCUUUAUUUACCCGAAUAAAAUUUAUGCGAGUUUUGUAUCAAGUUUUAAUAAUGUUGAUUCAGCGCAAAGAUGAUUCCCCAAUGAUAAUCGAUUGUCAUCGACUUUUGGCGGCUGCUUCCGAUAUGUUAUUUGUGAUGAAGAAGACUGUGGAACUCGGGAUCCAACCUCCAGAUGAAAACUCCCACAUGAUGGGGUUCCAACCUUUCAUAAACCAAAGAUUGCUUCCCCCAACGUUUCCUAGAUACACCAAGAUCAAACCACGAAAAGAAGCGAUGGUUUAUUUUGAAAUUAUGAUCGAGCGAUUUAAAAAUUUAACUAAAAUACAAUCAAUUAACUCUUUGCAUCAAGCUUUGGAUUUUUUUAUUGAAUUUAGCAAAGUGGCGCCGUGUAUUUUAUCGAGAUCGGCGCUCCAAUUGCUGUAUGUUCCAAAUAAUACCAUUUUAACGACUGCUAAUUAUAUGGCUUUGAAGGAUAUUUUAAGGGAUGCUGCUAAACAAUUUAUUUCGCCCCCCGCGUUGGUUUCUAAAGCUAUUUUACAUAAUAACCAACAGGCAAGGAUUUAUGUGGAUACAUUUUUUGCUCAUUGCACGAGGCCGUUUGCGAAUUUUCUCCAAUUAUGUGGUCAUAAUAGAGCGCGCCAACGGGAUAAGUUGGCGCAUCUUCUUGAAGAGUUUACGGCGCUUCAAGAUGAAGGGGAAAGAGUGGAUGCUUACCUCCAUAACAUAUCUGUGGCGUAUUCCCGGCCGCAUUUAGCGUGUUUUGGAACUUGGAUUUUGUAUCACACAUUAAGAAUAAUGAUAAUGUAUUUGUUAUCCGGGUUCGAAUUGGAAUUAUAUAGCAUACAUGAAUAUUAUUAUAUUUAUUGGUAUCUUUAUGAAUUCCUUUACGGUUGGUUAAUAUCUGCUUUAACUCGCGCCGAUACUUUUUUGAUGGAACAAGAGCGCGCAAUGGACGUACAAAAAACGAAAGGAACAAAUAAGAAGAAGAUGAAAUUUAAAAAGAAAACGAGGCCGCAUAACAGAGACAUAUUGUUUUAUCAAGCGCUACAAAAUAUGUGUGGCGGGUAUUAUAAGGCUUUAAUGGGAUUUCGAAUGGACGGGAAACUAACCAUGCCGCACCCCCAAUUCGACAGCGAACAAGUUCGUUAUGAACACCGUUUUGCGCCGUUUCAAAAUCUUUUAACGCCACCCCCCGUUCAAUAUGUUGAAUUUCGCGAUCUUAUAGCUUCGAAUAGAUAUCAACAACAAUCAGCUGAUAGCAUGUAUAUGUAUAUUUCUGGUUGUAAACAUUUUCAUCAGGCGAAACAGCUCUUGGAAACUUUAAACUCAACGGAUGGCGAAAUUUUGGAAUUACUCAGAAUCGCAAAGACAAAUUUUAUUGUUUUAAAAUUAUUAGCUGGUGGUCAUCGUAAAGAUUCGUCUGUUCCACCCGAGUUUUUAUUUAAAACCAAUAAGCAUUUUCCGAUUUUAAAGUUAACUUAGGAAAUAUUAUUUUUGUGUACAUU